AUGAUGGACUCGCGCACAAACUUCUGGCUGAUAGGCAUUGCCCUGCUUGUCUGCUGGGUCAGCCCCGCCUAUGCUUUCGGCGCUGGAAACAUCAGCAGCAAGUCGCCCAUUGAGGGGAUCAACUGGAGACACGGUGAUAUUGAAGAUGCCCUCCUCGGCAUCAUCAUGGCCCGCGCCAUGGACAAGAAGAGCAAAAAGUUUAACAAGAUGGCCGUGAUGCGUGUUUAUUUCGGCAAUUGGUUGAGGGACUACUCCCAGGCCGUCGACCUGGGCACCAUCAAGAAUGUGUCAUACGAGGCGAUCCGACUUGUCGUCGCAAUCCUCGCGUUUAUGAACUUCGGGUUCGGCUCCAAGGAGUUUGAAGUCACGCCGGAGCGUCUGGGUUGCUACAGACCCGAGGAGCACAUCGACAGCCCCAAGGGCUACGGAAGCGGCGAGAACCCGAAGCAGUACUGGGAGGGACUCCGCGGCCCCGUCGACGAGCACCGCGAGCUCUCGGUCGACCCGGACAGCGGCAUGAAGAACUACAUCGCCAACGAGCGCGCGGGCAUCGACACGUCGGCCGGCCUCCUGCGCAACCUGCUGGGCCGCUGCAUCGACCUGGGCCGCGCGCACGCCCGCGACGGUCGCGACGAGGACCUGUACGAGUCGAUGCGGCUCAUGGGCACCGCCCUGCACUGCCUCGAGGACUUCUUUGCCCACAGCAACUACGUCGAGCUGGUGCUGAUCGAAAUGGGCCACCGGGACGUGUUCCCACACGUCGGGCGCGACACCAAGCUCCACAUCCCCGGGGCCCACGACGAGGUGUACCCGGUGGUGACGGGGACGUUUGGAGAGGUGGACUUUUUGCACUCGGUCGCCGGUGAGGUCUCGGACAAGAUCAAGCAGAAUGAGCUGCAGGAGCUCGAGGAGCUGCUGCAGGACAACAAGAAGAACGACACGAGCCUGCUCAAGAACCUGUUCAAGAUGCUGCCCGACUCGCUCUUUGGCGGCGAGAGCCAGUCCAACAAGAUGGACGAGAUCGAGCAGGACUGCACGCAGGCGCAGAUGAACAACCUCGAGGUCAGGCCGCACCGCGAGCCCGAGGAGAUCACAAAGUGGGUGUCCAACAUCUUCAAGCAGAUCAUCCCCGUGAUCGAGUGGCACGACCGCAUCAUGAAGAUCAUCUCGGAUGCCCUGCCCAGCAUCCCCGUCAUCCCCAAGAUCAUUGAGCAGCUCGAGGACCAGCUGAAUGCUUUCGUCAUGAUGCAGCUGGCUCCGUUUAUCGUGCCGGUGCUGCAGCAGAUCCAAAACGAGAUGAAUGCUGGCUCCAAUGGUAUCGUCGAGAGCAGCAAGCGGGAUCAGUUUAUGGUUUUUGACGACGACAGGUCUGCCGACCCGACCCACUCGAUGCUGUCCAAGGACCACUUUACCAACCUCCUCAACGAACCGGCCGGCAAGACCGCCGCAGAGAUGGUCAAGUGGGUUGUGCCCCAAAUCAUGCAGGCCAUGGACGACGAGUCGAUCGACAUUGGCCGUACCGUCAACCGCAUCAUCUAUGGCGUACUCCACCACCCUGCGCAGCGCUCAAUCGGACACGACGGAUCGUCCGAGGGCCGCGAGAUCUUUUUCCGCUCCGUCGAGCAGUGGUGGGGCUGCAUGGGACCGGACCAGCAGGAGGAUUAUCUGAGGCGUCUGAGCCGGGACGGAGUCAAGAACCACGAGAACCACAAAGAGGGCGAGUACGACACCGGACACAACAACGGCUGCCUGGGCCACCUCGAUACGUCGCACAUCCACGGCGGCGGCAAGAAGAAGAAGAAGGAGACGUGGGAGGACAAGAUCGCCACGCAGGCGGCCAACGCCAUCGUCUCGGGCGUGACGGGCGCCGUUGGCAACUUUGUCAACAACAACGGCAGCCAUGACGGCGGCAGGAAGGACGACGGGCCUGGCGGCCUGCUCGGAAUCGCCGCUUCGGCCCUCGGUGGGAUACUGGGCGGGGGCAACGACAGCGACAAGCGGAGAAGCGAUAACGACGACAGCAGCAACAACAACUACUCCUCCUCGAGCGGCUACGACGGCGGCAGGCAGGAUUACCACAGCAGCUCGUCGUCGUACAACCGCCCCGGAUCCAGCGGCCGUCACGACUACGGCAGCUCCUCGUACUCGUCGGAGCACUCGUCGCGCCCGCCGCACCACGAGUCGUCGUACAGCAGCCAUCAAUCCUAUGGUGAUGGCCACGGCUCGUCGUACUACGGCUCGAGCCGGAGGGACGACGACUCGAUGCCCGGCGGAUACCCCGGCGGGCGGGGCUACGACGGCGAGGGCAACCACCACGAGUCGCACUACUCCAGACCUGAGCCGUCGAGGGGCGAGAGCGCAAGUUACUACAACAGCGGUGGCGGCGGUGGCGACGGUGGCUACUCGGGCGGGUAUCAAGAGUCGUCGCACCACGGCGGCGGGGGUUACCAGCAGCCGCCUUUUGGAGGAGGGUAUGGACAGCACCACCCGCAGGGCGGAUACCCGCAGCAUGGUCAGUACGGACACCAGCAUCCGCAUGGAGGUUUUGGUCACCCGGGAGGUUUCAAUCCAGGGGGGUAUGGUCCAGGGGGUUAUCCCGGGCAGCAGGGCUACGGGGGUUAUGAGCAUCGGAGGUGGUGA